GUCUCUGAGGGACUCGGACACCCGCUGAAAGACCGACUCUGUCUGACGCGCCUGCGUGUGUGAGUUUGUUGCCUAGCAGCGUAGGGGCGCUCUGAUUGGCUGGCGGCGCGCAGACCUUUCAGAAGGCGCGCGGGUGCUCUUCAGUGCUCAGAAGCAGCUCGAGUUCAGAACAUCUUCUGUUCUCAUCUCCUCUCCUCAGCGGAUACCUCUGAGACCACAGCAUGAGCUGGAAUAGCUGCUUCUCGAGAUCUCACGGGCCAGACGAGAUAUCUUCUCGACCGGCGCAGGAAGAGAACUCUGAUCUUCAGACUUUUCUCCAGACCCCCGACUCGUCAUGAAGCUCUGCCUCAUCUAGAGCACUAUGAUCAGUGAUGCAUCAAGUGCAGCGGAGUUCUGUGGGGACAGUGCUUCAGUCUUGUCGCUGGAUUCCAGUGUGUUCUUCAGCGAACCCCCUCCGCCAGCUGACAACCCACUGGACUUCUUCAUCAUUAAUGUCGGAGGGAGCCGCUAUAUCCUCUCCCAGGAGCUGCUGGCCUCCCACCCAGAGACGCGACUGGGUAAGCUGGCCCUGUCCACCCGGGAUUCAGCCUUAGACCUUUGUGAUGAUGCAGACUUUCUGGAAAAUGAGUUCUUCUUUGACCGCAGCUCACAGACCUUCCAGUAUAUCAUGAACUUCUACAAGACGGGCCAUCUGCACGUCAGAGAGGAGCUGUGCGUGGUCUCCUUCCUGCAAGAAAUCGAAUAUUGGGGCAUUGAUGAGCUCCGCAUAGACAACUGCUGCAGGGAUAAAUACUACCGCAGGAAAGAGAUGAAGGAAUCUUUAGAUAUCUGUAGGGAUGCAGAAAUGACGGACAGUGACGAGGAGGACUUUGCUGGAGUGUUGUGUCAAGACUUCCGGCAGCGUCUCUGGGACCUCAUGGAGAAGCCAGAUUCCUCGAAAGCAGCAAAGACGUUCGGGACCUUGUCUGUGUUCUUUGUAGUGGUAUCUAUUGUUAACAUGGCCCUGAUCUCUCUGGACUUCACCGUGCUCGGUGCGCCCGUCUUGGACAUCCUUGAGUAUAUCUGCAUUGUGUGGUUCACAGGAGAGCUGGUGCUCAGGUUCAUGUGUGUGAAGGACAAAUGUAAGUUUAGCAGGAGUGUGGUGAACAUCAUUGAUCUGCUGGCCAUCCUGCCCUUCUAUGUUACCCUUGCGGUGGAGAGUCUGCAUGGAGGAUCCACAGAGUUGGAGAACGUGGGACGGGUGGUGCAGGUCCUGCGACUGAUGAGGUCUCUCAGGAUGCUGAAACUCGGACGACAUUCCACAGGUCUGAAGUCCUUGGGCAUGACCAUCGCUCAGUGCUAUGAGGAAGUGGGCCUGCUGAUGCUUUUCCUCUCUGUGGGCAUUUCCAUCUUCGCCACAGUGGAAUACGCCAUUGAGCACGACAUACCCGAGACCACCUUCACCAAUGUGCCCUGCGCGUGGUGGUGGGCCACCACCUCCAUGACCACCGUAGGCUACGGCGACAUACGUCCGGACACGGCCGUGGGCAAGGUCAUGGCCUUCAUCUGCAUCCUCUCGGGUAUCCUCAUCCUCGCCCUCCCCAUUGCCAUCAUCAAUGACCGCUUCUCAGCCUGCUACUUCACUCUGAAGAUGAAGGAGGCGGCGCUACGUCAUGGCGAGGCACUGAAACGUCUGACCCGCAGUUCGGCCUCCGACGUGACGGCGACUGGGGUGAAUUUGCGGGACGCCUACGCAAGGAGUGUGCUGGAGAUGCUGCGGCUGCAGGGCCGAGAAAGAGCCAGCACGCGCAGCAGUGCAGGCGACGACAUCUGGUGGUAGUGGGACACUCCUCAGUGGAAGCUUAUUGAGGGGAAGAGUGUGAAAUGCAAACAUAUCGUUAAACUAAGCCUUCUUCACAUAUGGCAUUAAGAUGUGUGUUGGGUGAUCUGAUCAUUAGUGGACGGCGCCAAGUAUAGGUGUGAAUGGACACAAGCUCUGUCCUGCCUGUGUGAUGACAGUGUCCAGAAGUAGUAAGUAGUAUAGAUCAAUGUCAAUUUCUCCAGUGCACCAAAGAUUUGUACCACAUAUGUGGUCCAAAUAUUCCUGUAUGCAGACUAGGCCUGUGACAAUUAGUACGUAAUCACCUAAUUGCAGUUAUUUCAGCUAAUCACAAUUAUUUUCUCAUUAUCUUUUAUAAUCAUAUAUGUUGCAGUAAAUUGAGUGCAUUUUUGGUUAUUCGAGCUUGAGCUCUAUCUGUCGUCAGUUUGGAUCUACAAGAUAACUAUAAUGAAGCAAGAUGGUCUAUACUUUCUAUACUUUACUUUUAAGUUCCAUACAGUGAAACAAAAAAGAUUAUAUUGUUAAUUACAUUUAUUUAUAUGGCAGUUAAUCACCAACAAAAAUUUCAUGAUCAAAACAGGUCUAAUGCCGACAGAGCUAUCGUGAUCUACUGCAUCCUAUAAUGCGUGUCUUUUUUGCCUAAUUAGCCCCAAAUAUUUUUAACCCCUUAAAAUUCCAGGCAUUUUAUAUACUAAGGCUUAUUAUUCAGUAACUACAGGGACUUCAAUGCAAACUGGCCGAGCUAUUCUGAAGUUGUAGAAGUGUGUAAUAAACCUUUUGGCCUUGUUGUGUUUUUUUUUUCAAAGCACACAGGUUUAACAGACGGAUUUUCUGUGGCUUUGGAGAUGAAUAGAAAGCUUCUUUCUUCGCCUUCUGUCCCAUUUCUGAGGUGCAUUAGGAGCCCAUGCAGUCUAAGCAUCAGGUUUACUAAUGUUUAGAUUUACUAACUCUAUUUUGGCAUUAAAAAGUGGUUAAAAACAGCCCUUGAUGUCCACUUCUGAUUAGAUCACUCAAGGCGGCUGUUAAUACCAGGUGUGAAUAGGGCCUUAUCUUACUUUUAUUUAAACAUAUUAGUACUGUAACUGUACAGCUAUGUUCAGCUAUGUCUUAUUGCUGGGUCCAUUUAUUUUCCUCAGAUUCAGUCUUUCUGCUCUUGUUCAUAAGUGACCCAUAUCUGUCUUUAGAGUGAACACACUCUUGCCCUGGAAGGAUGAUGACGAUGAUGAUGAUGACAGUAAUAUACGCGCAUGCACUGACGUUCUGAUUAUAUGGCCACCAGGGCAGCACUGAUAACAGUACCAAUAAUCUAACACUGUAUCAACGUACAUGCCUGCUACUGAAUGAUGCAUGAGAGGGGGGGCUCAUGGGAUGGAGCAAUAUUUUAGUGAUUUUGGAGCAAGCAAGAACACCACUCUGGGCAAAACCACGCUGCUCCACUCCCACUCCACACCAGUCACGUCCUCUUUUGCUCGCUACCCAACUUCACAAAUUGAGAGACCGUUUGAUGAAUACAGAGCUCAUUCCUUACUGGCUAGAAGGCCAAUAACCAUGCAGACACAAACUGCGUUGAAUACAACAUAUGACCUAUUAGUGUCUGUGUUUGCGGUUUGUAUUGUCACAUAUAAAAAUCAAGUUGAUAUAUUUUAAAGAAAUGUUACAUCUGAUAUAUUAAUGUCAUGAGCACUACCAGUUAGGGAAGGGCAAUACUUCUCUUUUUUUCCCAAUCCUAUACCAAGUAAUACUAAGGCUAAUAUCCCAGUACCAAUAACGAUACUUUCAAAAGGGAGAUUUAUUUGUUGCGGGUACCAGUAAAAAAAAUUGAAAUUAAAAUUAUAUUUGAUAUUAUGAAAUUAUAUUACAUUCAAUUAAAACCUCUGGAUUUGUAUUAAAUCAAUGUGUAUUCGAGAAAAUAUGUUUUUGGGGUUUUGAGGGAGUGAACAUUAAAGAGACAAGGAAGUGCUGGUCUUUUGGGGUAUGUAAGGUAACGACAGCCUUUACCCUUGGUUUAGCCUUGACCUUCGGGCCUGUUGCUUCAGUCAAGCCGAGAAAAACACUAAAAACAGCUGCUACUGACAACAUGAACAACUGUAAUAUUUACUGAACCCCAACAGAGACUGAUGCUCAGAAAUACAAGCGUGAGUGAAGGGGACACACAUAAGACACAAGAGACUUUAGAAAUUUAGACAUGAUUAAACAUUCAACACCAUUUUUGCCAAGCCAGAGAAACUGCUGUGUGCUUACAUGUACACAGGGCAGGUUUAUCUAUAUAUUGUUCAGUUCUGUUUUUAACUAUUUUUCACCCUUUUUCAACAUUUUUGUUGGAUCUUUACUUUGGUUGUGAAAUAUGGUAGUUCUUAAUAAAUAUGGGUCUUCUUAUUAAUUUUAUAAUAGUACAUACUAAUUAUAUAGAGGAAAUAAACAAAAAUAAGUUUCUUCAGCAUCUUAUAUAAUUAUUGAUAUAAAUAUAUAAUCCAACAAGUAUAUGCCUUUAACAAAAAACUGCUAUUAUCAAAAUAAAUUAUAUACCAAAUAUACCAAAAUAAAAGUGAAAUUGUAUAAAUAUCAGGAUUUAUUGGUUAUAGGUUAUACAGAGUUAGUACUGGGAUCAGUAUGUAGUGUCAGUACUGUGUUCCUAAUGGUCAACUAUUGGACAUGUACCUGAUCUAGGACCACAUAUCAGUGGCUCAAAUCUUACUUGAUCCAUUUUUUGUGUUCACGCAGCUCUGAAAACGUCCGAUUUGUGCCACUUGAACCCUGUAAUGUGAAUGUAGCCACAGUGCAUGUGAGUCUUUCUGUGUUUGUGUCAGAUAUUUGCUGUCUUCUUUGAAUUGGCCCUCCUUUUUGCCAUUCAGUUUUAAUUGUACUUCUGUAACAUUUCCAGUGGUUUUAUAUCUAUGAAAAAAAAUGCAAUUUCAGAAUUAAAUCUGUUCUUGGCCUU